AUCGGGCGAAAGCGGGGAGGGAGGAGCGCCUUUCUCAAAUCUGCUCCUUGCUCUGUCAUUUUGUCAACAAGGCAUCAUGGUGUAUCGUUCAGAAGCCUACAACAUAGUUUUGUCCAUGAAAUACAUGUUUGAAUUUUCUAACUCGUUUUAAUUGGGAAUAAAGCUCAAAAGCAAUCACUUUUGCAUGUGAAACAGAAUCCUACUCAUUACUCCACGUGCUCCUAAAUCACUUUGUUUUGAGCUGAUUUCGCGUUCACAUCACUGCGUUCACAUCCUAAUCGGAAUUAGGAAACACGGAAAGUUCCGAUUAUCUGAUUCGUUGAACGCGGCACGGUUUCAAAACGAACGCAAUCAACUUUCAUCCGGUGCAGAACACGCAUACACGGACUCCCCCGGUGAGAUUCAUCGAACCCCCUCAGUGUUUAUGCGGGGCACCUAGCUCAUGUGCGGGAGGCAGCCCGGUUGCUGCCAACUUUCAGGCGGUGCAAAACACGCUUACACGAGCGCCCGGGCGAGAUUAAUCGAACCCCCUCAGUAAAUUCAGAAGAUUUGAGUGACAAGUAACGUCAUUUGCAAGAGGGAAAGCAUCUUGUUGCCUUGUAUUCGGACGUUAGCAUAGCAUGCUUGUAGCUAGCUAACCCAUAAACGUUGACAGUUAAAGACAGCUAAACAUCGAGGACUUCGGAUUGUGCCACCAUGUUGGUGCCUAUAUUCACCCUCAAGCUGAACCAUAAAAUCAACCCUCGCAUGGUUACAAUGGGCAAGUUUGAUGGGAUCCACCCAUGCCUCACUGCAGCUACACAAGCAGGGAAGGUGUUCAUCCAUAACCCUCAUACACGUGGCCAGCGGCAGGCAGCCCACCGUCUGAGUCAGAGUGCCCAGGAUUCGGACAUCUCUCUGCUCAAUAUCAACCAGGCUGUGAGCUGCCUGACAGCUGGCACACUAGGACCCAACACCACUGGAGACACGCUCCUCGUGGGCACCCAGACAAACCUGCUGGCUUAUGACGUACAUGACAAUGCUGACAUCUUCUACAGAGAGGUGACAGAUGGGGCCAAUGCCAUUGUUUUAGGGAAAUUGGGGAACAUUGAGUCCCCCCUCGCCAUCAUCGGAGGAAACUGCGCUUUGCAAGGAUUUGACUAUGAGGGGAAUGACCAGUUCUGGACGGUCACAGGGGAUAAUGUGCGAUCAUUGGUGCUCUGUGAUUUUACUGGUGAUGGAAAAAAUGAGCUUCUUGUCGGAUCAGAGGACUUUGACAUUAGGGUAUUCAAAGAAGACGAACUUGUGUCUGAGAUUGCUGAAAAUGAGACGGUUACCUCCCUCUGUCAUAUGCAUGGCAGCAGGUUUGGUUAUGCUCUGGCCAACGGCACUGUGGGUGUAUAUGACCGCACUGCCCGCUACUGGAGAAUCAAGUCUAAGAACCAUGCAAUGAGCAUCCAUGCAUUUGACCUUAACGCUGACGGUGUUGUAGAACUCAUCACAGGCUGGUCCAAUGGAAAGAUUGAUGCACGGAGCGAUCGAACAGGUGAAGUCAUCUUCAAAGACAACUUCUCGUCCUCUGUGGCUGGAGUGGUGGAAGGGGACUAUCGCAUGGAUGGACAGAUACAGCUAAUCUGUACCUCUGUGGAGGGAGAAGUGCGUGGCUACCUGCCUGCCAGUAAGGAGAUGAAGGGGAAUCUGAUGGACUCCAGUGUGGAGCAGGAUCUGAUCCGAGAGCUGAGUCAGCGCAGGCAGAACCUGCUACUGGAACUACGCAACUAUGAGGAGAAUGCCAAGCAGGCUGUCCCAGGAGCUUCAGAACGGGACACCCAGAUGGGGGUGAUACCAGCCAAUACCCAGCUCCAGACUGUCCUCUCUGUCAGAGCUGCCACGGAGUCCCAGAGGUCACACAUAGAGCUCAGCAUCUCCACGCCCAAUGAGACCAUAAUUCGAGCCGUGCUGAUUUUCGCAGAGGGAAUUUUUGAGGGUGAAAGUCAUGUGGUACAUCCCAGUGCCCAGAAUCUAUGUGGUUCUAUCUGUGUUCCCAUCAUUCCCCCCAAAGAUAUCCCUGUGGAUCUACACAUCAAAGCUUUUGUUGGCGGCAAGAGCAGCAGUCAGUUCCACGUCUUUGAGAUCACACGUCAGCUGCCUCGCUUCUCCAUGUAUGAUCUUAAUGUUGAGCCUGAGGCCCCCCAACCUACUGGGAAAGUUACCUUCACCAUCAACGACAGGCCACAGAGAGUGGUCAUGUGGCUGAACCAGAACUUCCUUCUACUAGAGGGCAUUGAUACCCCAGACGUGACGUUCACCUCUCUACGUGGCGGAGGACUACUCACCAUCAGCAUGCUAAGCACUAGUGGAGAGAUCACACUAAACACAGAUGACAUAGACCUGGCAGGGGAUCUAGUCCAAUCACUGGCCUCCUUCCUGGCCAUAGAGGACCUACAGGCAGAGGCAGACUUCCCCACAUACUUUGGGGAGCUGCGAACGACCCUAACUGAGGUAGAUGACUAUCACUCUGUCCACCAAAAGCUGACGGCGGCCAUAGCAGAUCAUUCUAAUCACAUCCGUAACAUGCUGGUGCAGGCAGAGGACGCACGGCUCAUGGGUGACAUAAGGAACAUGAAGAAGCGCUACAUUGAGCUCUAUGACCUGAACAGAGACCUGAUCAAUGAGUACAAGAUCCGAUCCAACAAUCACAAUGCUCUCCUCGCUUGCCUUAAGUCUGUCAACCAGGCCAUUCAGAGGGCAGGGAGACUGAGAGUGGGAAAGCCAAAGAAUCAGGUUAUCACAGCCUGCCGAGACGCUAUCAAAAACAACAAUGUCAACGUCCUGUUCAAGAUCAUGAAAGCAGGCACAGCCUCUUCCUGAGGGCACCGCACUCUGGUUGCCUGAAAUCCUGAAGGGAUUGGAAUCCCUGAGAGGCCAGUCUGGGGGAGCAAUGGGGGGAGGCUUUACAUGAGAGAAGAAAGACUAGUUCUCUAGUGGCUUGGCCAGAAGAAGAAACAGGCCUCACCUGGACCCCCAGGUGCCAUUGGGCAGCAGUGAUGUUUUAGAGGAGUCAGUGGUUGGAAGUAACUGUCAACUUGUAUAUGUUGUUUUGUAGCCAAAGAACUAUACUUCUUGAAUGUUAAAUGGGACCAGCAGAGUGAGAUACAUGUUUACUUUUUGUAGAUUGUAAAUAGACAGGGAACUGUAUUAUGUGUGUGCAGAAAGAAAUGUAACUAAAUUAAAUGACUGUCUUAUAACUUAA